AACUGAAUGGACUCAUAAGUCAUGACCAAAGUUUGUAUCUGGUGAUGAAUCAGAAUUUCUAAUGGACUGAAACUAGAGAGGGCUACUGUUAUAACUCUCAUGUUUUAAAAGCUUUUGAAAUAAUGGAAAAGCCAAAGGAAGUCAACUGGCAACUUUCCAAAGUGAUUUCCAAAGGACAAACUAUCGAAUCAGAGGAUUUCUUUGGACAUUGAUACUUUGAAACAGAGCAGGUCACAGGGUGUAGAAGUUUUGUAUCUAUACAAGGAUACUUCACCUUGGUUGGAUGGCAACAGACAAAAUAAUUUCUGUUUUGACUGUAAAAGAUUUACACAAGCAAUAUCCAUCAGACUGAAGCGAAUGUGCUUGCGUUAAUCAGAGUCUUUUAGAAGUAUGCAGUUGUGCUGUGAAUCCAUAAAUGGCUCUUGCAUAAAGAGCAGCUGGUCAAUUAAUGUUCGGGUCUCCAUGUAUAUCUUCAUGGUGUGUGUGAUCCUGGCUACUGUAGCUGGCAAUCUAACCGUGAUCAUCUCAAUAUCACACUUCAAGCAGCUUCACACCCCUACUAAUUUCCUCAUCCUCUCCAUGGCCACCGUGGACUUUCUCCUGGGAUGUUUUGUCAUGCCUUACAGUAUGGUGAGAUCAGUUGAGAACUGCUGGUAUUUUGGAGACUUCUUCUGCAAAAUCCACACCAGCAUAGACAUCAUGUUGAGUACAGCUUCAAUCUUCCAUCUAUCAUUUAUCUCUAUUGACCGCUACUUUGCUGUCUGUGAUCCACUGAGAUACAAAUCAAAGAUAAAUACUUGUGUUGUAUUCAUUAUGAUCUUCAUAAGUUGGACAUUCUCUGCGAUGUUUGGCUUUGGGAUGAUCUUUCUGGAGCUGAACAUGAUAGGAGCAGAAGAGAAAUUCUACCAACUCAUCUAUUGUGUGGGAGGCUGCUUUGUCUUCUUCAAUGAAACUUCAGGGGUGGUGGCCUCACUGGUUUCUUUUUACAUCCCUGGAUUUGUUAUGCUGUGUAUCUAUGGGAAGAUAUAUGUUAUAGCCCAAAGACAGGCCAGAUCCAUUAGGGAUGCUGUGGGCCAAAUGCAAAUAAGAUUUGAAGUGCGGCAUCAUAUUUCACCCACUAGAGAAAGAAAAGCGGCAAAGACUUUAGGUACAGUGAUGGGUGUUUUCCUCAUCUGCUGGUCCCCAUUCUUUUUCUGCACAGCCACUGAUCCUUUUAUGAAUUAUACAACACCUCCUGUUCUCAUUGACGCAAUGGUUUGGUUUGGCUACUUGAACUCAACAUUUAACCCGAUUGUUUAUGCAUAUUUUUACCUUUGGUUUCGAAAGGCUCUGAAGAUGAUUUUAUUGGGGAAAGUUUUUCAGCAGGAUUCAUCCAGAACACGGCUGUUGAUGAAUUGACAUUCCUCAGAAUUUUGUCAGAGACCAACUUUUUGAAUAUGGAAGGUCAAAAUAACAGCUGUGAUGAUGUCACUUUAAAGAUAAUCAGAGCAUAGGUCACAAUAUUGUUGCAAUGACUUGAAUUUUCAGAAGGAACUGGAGCUUGGUAUAUAUAUUAUAUAUCUCCGUAUAUGAGUAUAUGGAAAGCCAGGGUAUACAUAUUUUUCAUAAAAUAAAAGUAUAAGGAAAUGGAAAGAGCUGAUGAAUAUCCUCAUGUUACUUUCUCUCUUAUUAUCAGUAGCAAAGGGACCUUCAUUAUAAUGGAAAAGAGAUUGUGACAAAAGGUCCUAAUUUUUGCAGGAAAUCUUGAAGAGGGAAAGAUGCAUCUUUACAUUUCCUUUGGCAUUCUAUGUCUGUUGGAGAUGCUGAAUUGACUCCACAGUCAUCAAAUACACUUACAUUAUGUGGCUUUUAGAAUUGAGUGAAGCCGCCAUAACAAAUCCAGCAUUUUUCUGAGAUCCCUGAAAUGCUGGGAAGUGUGAAUGGGGUACAAACUGUAUAUUAAAAAAAAUUGAAUUUACAAGAAGCUCCAGUGUGUAAUCAGAGGUGUGCCUCAUGGAUUUUAUAGGAAGCUAUGGAGUAUCCAUCAUAAAAUGUGCACUAUGUCCUACACUGGCUGUCUUGUACAAUCUGAAAAGUGUGCAGAGAUGCAGAAGUACACCUAUUGGAUCAUGUAAAAAGAUGUUCAUUUACCUGGAACAGGUUUAAACUUUGUUAUCAUACUGAGUAAACUGGUAUCAUUUCAAGGACAUAAUAUUACUGAGAAAUGGAUCUUUAUUGAAUAUGUUGCAGGGCUUGUACAGUUUAACCUAGCUUUGAUUCUAAAGCUGCAGUGCAGAUUAUUAUCAUAGCACCCUCCAUUAAUCCUGGAAGAUAAUAUCAAGGCUCUGAAUGUCCUUAGUAAAAUCUCUAACACCUUUGCAAUUCUCAAGGUUCUCUGUGUUGUUUUUUGUCAAUCCCUAUUAAACUGGGUUAAGCUAAUAAUACAAACAUAUCCUAAGAGCUCUGACGUUACUAGUCCUGAAUAGAGAUGGGCACAAACUAAUAUAUGAACCAAAAUUAAGCACGAACCAGGCCGGUUCAUGGUUCACAAACCACGGUUCAUCAGAUCCCAUUUCUGACGAACCGUCACGAACUUUAGGCUGGUUCGUUUGGUUCAUUUUUUGGUUCGUCACUGCAGACAGCCUGGUGCCAAUCAAUCGGUUUCCUAGGCAACAGGGGAUGGAAUUCCUGCAGACCUUCUGCUGACCUGGAAGUGAUGAUUUUCUGACCUGGAUGUGACGUUUUCACGAGCCAAACAAACCAGUUUGUGAACCAGGGGCAGGUUCGUGAAAGUUCGUGGUUUGUGAAAUUUGACGAACCACGAACCACAUGGUUCAGUUUUUUUCUGGUUCAUGCCCAUCUCUAGUCCUGAAUACAAGCAAGGGUAUGUUAUUAUUAAGGAAAAUGAAAAUCAAAAAGCUUCAGUUAUGGUCAUCUGUUGUU